UACUGGUGUUGGUCUCACUCUCCCUCUCGCAUCCAGACACCAACUUGGAGUUUCUGGCUGGGCGCAUUGAUCAGGUCUGCUUGCUGGGGGUGUGCUGAGGCUCAGACUGUCACUCAUUCUCUGAUCAGUGCUUGCACAUAGCUUACAGAGCAGCUGGCAAUCCACUCCAAAAAAAGAAUUCCUUGUAACAUACUCAAAAUCUGCGAGAAAAAAAAGAGAAAAAAGAAAUAGCAUCAAGACCCCAGCCACACCAUUGCACCAUUCCAGCAUUUUCAACAAGGGGGAUCUUAAACGCCUAUGUUCAUCUUUGGACCCAUUUUAACAAACAGGAGCAGCAGGAGAAAUUCCUCGGUCUGCAGACUUACAAUGCUGCAAACUAAGGAUCUCAUCUGGACUUUAUAUUUCCUGGGAGCUGCAGCAGCUCUAGAAGUUACCAUUGUUCCCGAUCAAGGAGAAAUAGGCCUCGGGGAAUCGAAAUUCUUCUUAUGUCAAGUAUACGGGGAAGCAACUGAGAUCUACUGGGAAUCCCCCACUGGUGAAAGGUUAACCAACCAACAACAGAUCUCAGUAGUGAAAAGCGAUGACUAUACAUCAACUCUUACCAUAUACAAUGCGAGCAUACAGGAUGCCGGGACCUACAAAUGUAUUGCUACCAGCCCAGAAGAGGGGCGAUCAGAAGGCACUGUUCAGCUCCAGAUUUAUCAGAAAUUGACCUUUAGGAACGCGCCCAGCCCACAGGAGUUCACUGAAGGAACAGAUGCUGUUGUCAUCUGUGAUGUAUCAAGCUCUAUCCCCUCAGUCAUUAUCUGGAAACACAAAGGCAAAGAUGUGACUUUCAAGAAAGAUGCCCGAUUUGUUAUGCUGUCCAACAAUUAUCUGCAGAUUCGGAACAUUAAGAAGACAGAUGAAGGGACUUAUCGAUGUGAGGGCCGGAUACUAGCGCGUGGAGAGAUAAACUUCAAGGAUAUUCAUGUUGUAGUGAAUGUUCCCCCCACGGUUCGAGCCAGGGAACUGGUUGUCAAUGCCACGGCCAACUUGGGAGAGUCCGUUACCUUAAGUUGUGAGGCUGAUGGGUUUCCUGAGCCUGAAAUAAGCUGGACAAAGAGAGGAGAAACAAUUGAAGAAUCAGAUGAUAAAUACUCCUUUGGUGAUGACAUGUCAGAGAUGACCAUUCAUCGAGUGGAAAAGGAUGAUGAGGCUGAAUAUAACUGUAUUGCAGAAAAUAAAGCUGGUGACAGUGAAGCCACCAUUCUUCUCAAAGUCUAUGCAAAACCUAAAAUCACCUACGUUGAAAACAAAACUGCAGUGGAACUGGAUAAUGAGAUCACCCUGACCUGUGAGGCAUCUGGAGACCCCCUGCCAAGCAUUACCUGGAGAACAGCCACACGCAACAUCAGUGAGGAGGAAAAGGCUUCGUGGACACGACCCCAGAAACAAGAGACAUUGGAUGGACGUGUGGUGGUUCAAGGACACAUCAGGAUGUCCUCUCUUACCCUGAAGGACAUCCAAUACACAGAUGCUGGAGAGUACUUCUGUGUCGCCAGCAACACCAUUGGCCAGGACACACAAGCCAUGUACUUCGAAGUGCAGUAUGCCCCCAAGAUAAAAGGCCCAGUGGUGGUUUAUACCUGGGAGGGGAAUCCGGUUAAUAUAACCUGCGAGGUUCUUGCCUAUCCCACUGCAAGAGUGUCCUGGCUCAGGGAUGGACAACUUCUGCCAAGCUCCAAUUUCUCCAACAUCAAGAUCCAUAGCACUCCUUUUGCCAGCAGCCUCGAGAUAAACCCAGAUUCUGAAAGUGAUUUUGGAAACUACAACUGCACUGCAGUCAAUAGCGUUGGGCAGGAAUCCUCUGAAUUCAUUCUUGUGCAAGCAGAAACUCCUUCUUCACCAACUAUUCUAAAGGUGGAAUCUUACUCGAGUACUGCCAUGGUGGAGUUUGAAGAGCCAGACUCUAGUGGUGGAGUACCCGUCCUCAAAUACAAGGCAGACUGGAGACUCAAGGCAGGAGAUACUUGGCAUAGCUCCAACUUCAGUGCCCGGGAUGAAAGCUCAGAGGGCUCUCUAACAAUCGUAGGCCUCAGGCCGGAAACAUCAUACGUUGUGAAACUGUCAGCCGUUAAUGGCAAAGGAGUCGGAGAAUCAUCGCAACCAUUUGAAUUUAUCACCCAGCCAGUUCGGGAACCAAGUGCUCCAAAGUUGUCAGGCCGUGUUGGAGAUGAUGGGAACUCAUUUAGAGUCUACCUGAUUAAGCAAGACGAUGGUGGAUCUCCUAUCCGCCACUACUUGUACCGGUACAAACCCAAAAAUUCUGUGGACUGGAAGCCAGAAAUUAAGAUUGCAUCAGAAAGUGACCACAUUAUGCUCCGAUCGCUGGAGUGGAAUGCUGAGUACGAGGUGGUUGUGGUGGCUGAGAACCAGCAGGGGAAGUCAAAGUCAGCUCUUUUGAAUUUUAGAACCACAACCCAGCCCACAGUCAUUCCAGCCGCCACAAGUACCAGCUCAGGUCUGGGCACAGGAGCCAUUGUGGGUAUUCUCGUCAUUGUCUUUGUUCUUCUGUUGUUGGCUGUGGACGUGACGUGCUACUUCCUGAACAAGUGCGGACUGCUCAUGUGCAUUGCAGUCAAUUUCUGUGGAAAAGCCGGCCCUGGAGCUAAAGGCAAAGACAUGGAAGAAGGAAAGGCAGCAUUUUCGAAAGAUGAGUCUAAAGAGCCCAUUGUUGAGGUACGAACAGAAGAAGAGAGAACACCAAACCAUGAUGGAAGCAACCAGACAGAACCCAAUGAGACCACUCCACUAACAGAACCUGAGCAUCCAGCUGACACCACAGCUACUGUUGAGGAUAUGCUGCCUUCUGUCACCACCGUCACUACUAAUUCUGAUACUAUCACUGAAACCUUUGCCACAGCACAAAAUAGUCCCACAAGUGAGACCACCACUCUCACAUCUAGCACUGCCCCACCACCCACAUCUGCUCCUGACUCAAACUCAGUCCAGUCCAGUCAAGCAACUCCCUCCAAAACAGAGGCAACUUCAGCCUCAUCACCUCCUGCCACUGCUUCUCCAAAGGUCGCCCCUCUGGUAGAUCUCAGUGAUACCCCAUCCACUAACAAUCCAGCUAAUGCUGUAACCAUCCAAGGGGGUGUUAUGAAUCCCAGUGCUGCAAGCACUGUUGCUGAGGCUCCCAAAGCAAUUGUCAAGCCUCCAGCUACUGUUCCACCAAGUACCACUAGUCCCCCAGCUACUCCUGAACAGGUGAAGCAGGGAGCAUCAGGUACCAAAAGCCCAGAAAAAGAAGCAGUACAGCCCAGCACAGUGAAAAGUCCAACGGAGGCUACCAAGAGUGAGGCAGCUUCCCUAAGCAACACAAAACCCUCCCAGGGUGAGGACUUUCAAAUUGAUGGGGGGACCUUCAAGACUCCAGAAAUUGACCUUGCAAAGGAUGUUUUUGCAGCUCUUGGAACUUCUGCUUCUACCGCUGUGGCUAGUGGGAAAGCUCCUGAGCUGGCUUCUUCCACUGCAGACACCUCUGUACCGCCUGCUUCAUCAAAGACCGAGAAGGCCUCUGUAGAAGAGAACGCUAAGCCAGAGGAGUCAGACAGCAAGAGCACCCCAGCAGAAGUGAAAACAGUUCCUAAUGAAGCCACUCAAACAAAUGCGAAUGAGAGUAAAGCAUGAUUUCUCCUCGGGGGUGGGGGUGUGUUACAUAGGAAGGGGAAAGUGGAUACUAAAAAUUAUGUCUGAAGAGCCUCAUGCUAGCCAUUUACAAAGUGAGGUACAUACACACAAACACUUCAUCAUUCCUCUCAAAUCUUGGCCUUCUUGUUAUUAUUAUUAUUAUUUUGUUGAGUUUUUUUUUUUUUUUUCAUUUAAGAAAGCUUGUUAUGUUUUGUGAGAUUGUAGAAUGGGUUCAUCUCUCACAUACAUUCUCUUUAUGAACAAAGCCAAGUGGGAAAAUGCUAAUAUUAGAUGUCCCAUGCAAUGUCCAGAAAAACUAACACUCCCAAUUAUUUAUCGUGUGGGAAGGGAGAAGUUUAGACAGUCAAAGUCAUUGCAUUAAGUUGUGUAAGGGUCUCCAUAAGCCUAGGUGGUCCAAGGUCUAGAAACCCUGCAGGGUCUAGAUGUCCAAUAAAUAUUAUACUAUGCGGAAUAUCUUGGUAUGCGUUGCCCUGAACGUUUGCCCAUUUAAGUUGUAGAACCCUAUUUUACUUGCAUGGCUGGCAGUGAAGUGUUGGUUGUCACAUUCUAUCACUCUAUAGGAAAAUAAAAUUGGGGAAAAGAUAAAGAGGACUGUAUGUGUCUUAAAAGUAUUUCACCCUCUUUAUAAGCUGGAUACAUAUUUACGGUAUAUUGUUGAAAAGCUAUCUUGAUGGCCUUAUUGCGUGUUGCUGAUUCCCUGUAUCAUUAUUUUAAAAGAUGACAUGAGUACAUCCCCAUUUUGUUCUGUUUUUGUUUCAAAUUGCGACUACAUAAGCUUCAGCUAAUAAAAGCACCAAUGCCAUAUUCUAGAAAUAUAGGCAACAGUUAAGAAGAUCUAAUCUGCAGCUUAGGCACCUGCAGACAAAGCGUGCUUAAUGCCACCAUCCUGUGGGGACAUUGUACUAAGAGACAAAUUGCACAAGAUUAUUUAUGAAAUGAAGAUUAACUGGAUAGUGUCAACAUGACUGGUGUACCCCAAGGCAGGUACUUACUUUGGCUGUAUGUCAACCCAGCCAAAGGGGUAAAAAGGUUGUACUCAUUAGAAUACUUUCGGAUAUAUUAGUAAAUAAUGUGUCCUAACAAAUUUAUAAUGAUGAGCAAUCAGGACUUACAAAGAAGUGUACAGUACAGAAAGUGAGCAAUUUGUGAAUCAGCAGCCAUAGAAACCAACCAGUUUAAGGCAGAUUGCUUCUGUAUAUUAUCUCAUCACUUGAGGAAACAUCCAUAAGCUGGCAUGACCCUACCUAACUCUGCUCUUCACACAUUGUAACGUCUGAAUGGAGCGAUGUCAUAUGUUUGAGUUGAAAUGUGUCAUUGUAUCAGUGCAUCUCAGUAACUAGAUAUCUCACAUGCAAAGUGUUUGUAUAACUGCUUUAGCACCAAGUGUUGCUACUUUAGAUAUGUCUGUUCCUGAAAUGUGCUUUCUCCAUGUAGACAUACAUUUUGUAUUGUUUAAAUGUUUAUUUUGCAUAAUAAUAAGGAAUAUAGUGGCACCAUGGGUGAUUCUAUACCAGUAUUUAAUUUCCCAUCCUCCAUACUUAAUGUGUUAGGAUUAUUAUUUUCUGUGGUUAGAGAUAGAAAAAAAAACCCCAGUUCACUUUAAAGCAUAAAGUCUACACAAAAUAUACACAGCCAUUUAGUGGGCUAAAUCACUCAUGAGAAUGCAGCGUAUGAAUUAAUGACAUUGCUGAGGCAUGAGGUACAGUAAACUAGUGCCUCCCUACCUCAGUGGUGUCAGAAAUUCCUUGUUAAGAUUGUAUUCAGCAUAGAAAACUGCAAUUGACCACUUUAAAAGGACAUUAAUUCAUGGUAUGGGAAUCAUGCCUUGAGUACAUGUCAACUAGUUUUUUCUUCUUGAUGGAAAAGGGUGAUACAGGGGAUAAUUCAGGUUGGAUGCAGUGUGUGAUCCAACCGGAAUUUUUGCUGAAAAGAUGCGGGGGCACAGAAAAAGCGAUCGCCUCUGCCUGCGGUCAUGGGGCAGGAGGGGCGGCAAUGCUCCAUUUCCAGGGAGAAGACAUAGUGUUGCGGGGGCGGGGAGGCGCAAACGGUGGACGGAGCCUGAUGAAUGGGGGAGUGUCAUGGUUGUGAUCGCAGCGGCUGCAUGACAUCAGGAAACUGGCGGCGAGUCUCUUGCGGCCACAGCUAAGCUGCGCCACAGGAGGCUCCCACAGUUUCUGCUAACAAGCAGAAAUUGGGAACACUCCGCAAUUUCUGCUUGUUCAACUGGGGGUGGCUCCGGUCAGCAUGCUGGGUGGCCUUGCCCAGCGAUGGGCGGCCCCCAGCAUGUGAUCCAAAGGAUAGCAAAUUCAGCUGAUUAGCAGAAUCCUUACUGAAUUAUCCCCACAACCUGCAUUUGUCCUGACUAUUGUAUGGAUGUCUCUCGAUCAGUUUAGAGCCACUAUAUCCCUCUGAUUUACUACUAAUGUGACACAAAAUGCUAAGUUGAUUUAAAUAAGUGCAAUCAGUGGAAAUGUAUUUAAAGAGCUCUGUAAAUUUUAACAAAUGUUAAGUUUCAUUUCAUACCUUUUUCUUAAGAAUUGCUGUGUCAACCCUAAUUUCUGCUUCAAGAGAAUAAUCCUUUCAUAGGAAAAUAGACCAUAAAACUCUCCACUAAACAAAAAAAAUGUAAUAUUAAAAUUCUUUGAAAUAUUACGUGUGCAGCAUAUGAGAUUAUAAUAAGAACACAAUGUUUUCAUUACAUUGAUAUUGAGACAGUGUUUUUGUUAAUGCAGUGUCCUAUGGUGAUUUUAACCCUUUGAAUUCAAUAUUUGUUAAAGUGGACAUUUCAUUCUAUCACAGUGGAGUCAACCAUUUUGUGUGCUGAACCAUAAAAAUGCAGCCUGGCAAUUGACAAGGAACUAGACAUUGCACAGGGCUACUCAUUGAUGUCGCUACUACAUUUUAAAGUCUUUAGCUGCAUUGUCAUGAAUAAUGCUUCACCUCAGAAAAUGGCUGCUUUCCUUGUGUAAGCAACUAAAGAUGCUCAAAUCUGUUUCUAAGUGGGUUUAGAAAUAGUUUGUUGAACUAAAGUUCUUCAAAUUGUGGUACAUUUUCAAAGUUACACUAAACAUUUUAAGCUAAAAUUGGCCAAGAUUAACAUGUACCACUCUGUUCGAACAUGAUUGAGCUUGUUUAUUACUCCUUAUUCAAAUGAUGAAUUUUUUUUUUGUUAAAGACAACAUUUUAUAGUUUAGUUCAAAAUAUUUUGUUUUGAAAGAAGUUGCAAUUUCAAUGAACCACAAAUUGAGCUUUUCCGAUAAUUAAGAUUGUGGCAGUCAAAUUCAAUAAAACCUCUUGGAUUCAUUCAAGCAUCUUUAUAAACAGCAGCAUAAGGGAACCUAACUAUUUUAUUAGAACAUCUUAGAGAAAUAGCGUAAGACAAAUAAUUCAGAAAAUAUUUUACACAUGGGUUCCAGUGAUAUGAAAACAUAAUUUUACAAAUAGUUUUACUUUCUAAUAUCCUUAAUAGUAACAAUGUCUUGAGCAACUAUGUACAGUUUGUGUAUAUCCUCAGCCAUUUUAUUCGGAUUUCACAAGGUUCUACAAGUGUCACAAGAAAAUUUAUAUUUUCUUCAUGCAACAUUUAUUAAACUUAUACAAUAUAUUAAUCACCUUCCUUUCCACUUAAGAAGUGCACAGCUGUGCAGCCAUUUUGUGGGAUGAGCUAACAAGGGGUAUACGAGUGAUGCUGCUGCCCAGGGUGCAGGGCCCCACGGUACCUGCAGUUGGCUUACAUGGUGCCUGGAAAGAUACUCUGCAGCCAUCAGAGCUACCUGUAGCAUCAAAUAACACUGCUGGCAUACACCCUCAGAGCCAACUAGAGUGUCCAUAAGACGCUCCAGGAAGUGCUAUUUGUCCUGUUGCCAUGUUACAGCACUGCUUCAGAGUUACAAUGAAUUAGUGAAUCACUGUGAACUGAUGCACUCAUGCUUUAAUUAUGUUACUGGUUCUUAGGCUGCAUUCUCAUAAAAAUUGGUUCAGCACAUCAAAAUGGCUGCUGCCACUGUUUAUGGUUGAUGACUCCAUUUUACUAUGAUACUAGAUGGUUAUUAAGUGGCACAUUGCAUUUUAUCUGUAAGAGUUUCCUUGUUGAAACCCAGCUAUUUUCCGUGAAUGUGGAUCACACUCUCACACUUUCUCUUCAUCUCAGUACUAUACAAAAUAAUUUUUGUAUAUUUUAUUUUCCCCUAUGUAGGAUGCCAAAUGCAUUUCUUUACUUUUACUUUAUAUUUCAAUCUACAGUAUUGACAUGUAAAUUUUGCUAGGUUAUCUUUUAUAUUUUUUUCUUAAUGUUUACAGACAAUAUAUUGUUCUCAUUUAAUUUUUUUUUUUUGCUUGGACAUUUUAUUUUCAAGAGGUUUUUUUUUAGUAGACCUGAAUAAUAUAAAUAUAUAUAUAAUACAUUAUUAGCAUGCAUACUUUGCAAUGAGAUGUUUUGAGGGGAAAAUGGAUCCUGACUGGUUUUGUUUUAUAAGUGAAAAAGUCUUAUUAUUACACAGUUAAACAAACAACACAGUCAUCUAGAAGAAUACUGCUUUAAGUCCAGAUUGUUUUGCAUUGUUACCUUAAAAUAUUUUUGACCAGGGACUCUCAACAUGUGAGACAUGUGUGCACGCAGGGGUACUUAAUAAAGGUAAAGGGGAGCAAUCACCUGUAAAACUAAAAUACAAAAAAAAUGUCAUGGUACUGGUAAGAGAACUAAAAGGGGAGGUUUAGGGGGGGGGUUGUUUUUUGGGCACUUGUAAGUAAUAGCCAUCUGACAGGAAUUAUUCAAUUGUUUCGUCCGAUGUUCGCAAGUACCCGAUCCUUAUGGGUGUGACAUGUGUGAUAAUGGGCACACAGUUACUCACACCCUCUGGCACAAACAAUUGAAUACUGCAUGUCACUUAAGACGGGAGAUCUGGUAUGAAAAACCAAUUGAAGUUCCCGCUUAAAACGAUAUGUCUAAGGGUACUUGUUAAAUAUACACCAUUGUAAGGGAGUGCACAUUACAAAACUGUUGGGAAACUGCACUUAGACAAAGGAUUGCAACAUUCAGUAUUGUGUCAUACACUACCUUAGCUUUCUUUGGUGGCAAAGAAAAGCAGGUCAACAGGAUGCAAUAAUGUCACCUACAUUUCUCAGCAAGCCCAUGGAAUACAUCUAAAUAUUGGAAUUGGUUUAUUAAGACUAGGCUAUUCACUGUGUACAUUUAACAUCUCUUGCAACUAAUGUAGUGCACAAAAGGUCCACUGUGGCUGUUUCAAUGUACAGUACAAUGCUACGACUUCAUAAUCUUUCCUUAUCAUGAUUAUCCUCAAGACAAUAUAGUCUGUAGCCUAACUGAGUAUCCUAGUUAAUAUUAGGUGCCUGCAAUGAAUCACCAGAAAAGCAUUCUGAAGUAAUAUUAACUACAUCAUAGCUUGUGAAGUUUAGGAUUCUUUUCCACACAAAAUCCUCUAUAUUGAAUAUUUACAGUAUGUUAACCUCUUAUUGAUGCUGACUGCUUUAACAAAUGUUACCCAGCAUUGACUCUCAAACAGCUGUACAGAAAUACAGCAAUUGUACCGUAAACACCCUCAAGUGUUUUGGUUUCGAAUUCGGUUUUAAGUUUGGUUAAAAAUCGAUAGUCAUUGAUAAAAACAGCUAAAAGUAUGGAUCCAAAACCCAAAAUUUGGAUUUAAAAUCUGAAUUUCAAACCACAAGAAGAUCCAAACUGGUACUCUGUUUGGAUCGGAUCUCCAUGGGAGAUCCAGACUGGAUUUUGGUUCCGUUUAAAUCUACAAAAUGUAUAGAUUCAGAUUUCUGGACAACCGAACCGCACUUCUCUACCAUAAACCCAGAAGUUGAAGGAAAUCUUAAAUAUUAUGUAUGUUUUCUACACUUGGUCUGAGUGAAGAUUUUAUUUUGUUCUAUAAGAUGUGAGAAAAUCUUUGCAUGGACACCUUUGUGUAUGAGAGAUGUGCGUGGAAAUACACGAAGGCCUUAAACUGUUAUAACAGUGACGCGCGCCUCCCUAUUUGUUCUCGAUAAUGCAGUAAUCAUUGCAAAAUAACUUAUGCAUUGGCCAUAAUGACUAAAUGCCAAAAUCCUUUGAUUUAAUGCCAGCUCCCAACUAUAGUCCUAUAAACUUGAAAUGUGAAUUAUUUCCGUUUUUCUAGUUUUUGUUACUUUUGCCAGGAUAUAAAGACCAUUUCAAACACACCUCCCUUUUCAUACUAUAAAACUAUUUGGGUAUGUUUGAUUGAUACUAUGUACUUUUACUUUGUUUCAUUCUAUCUUUGGUAAGGGAAUAAAAUAAGAUUAAAAAUCAACAAUUUGUAUUAAAAUAAUAAAAAAACCAGUAAAAACCCUUUCCCCAUUUUGCUGUCAGCUUGUGCACAGUAAACGCGUGAAUAUUAGUGUGAAAUGUGUUUUUUGUCAUAGUAUCAGAAAUAAAAAAAAUAAAAAACAUCAAAAACAUAUAGCUCUGGUGAUGGAACAAUAGUGGGAAUUACAAUCUAGAAGAUUUUUACAAUCACAAAUCCUGGCGAAUCCUUCAUACGGUUCCUCAGAUUAUGUCAUGAUGACAAAGUUCUGCUACAGUGUGUUUCCAUGCCUUUAACAGUGAAUGAACAUUUGGUUAAAAUGAGAUAGUAAUUGUCUUUAUUUUUAAUUAUUAUGUUUUUUUUGUUUUUUUUAAUGAUUGCAUCUGGACAGUGAACAUCGCUCAGUAAAUUCAAACUGUGAAAAAAAAAAUGGUCUUGUCACAUUGCUAAGUGUUUAUUACUGUUUGUUUUUCUCCCUUUUGCGUUUUUCGCUAAUGCUACUUAGGGAUGGAAAUGGAGGGAUUUGCGUAACAUUUAGGGCGGUAUUCAAAUGAUGUAUCACGCCCAAUCUCCUUUCUAAAGUGAUCCCCGUUAUCGCGCAUAUCGCGUCCAUACUAAUUAGGUUUAGCUGCGUAAAGGGUUGGGCGCCCUCGCUACCCCGGGGGUAGUGAGCUGAAAUGAUUACACAACGCCCAUCAGCAGAAACAGAACAGGUGUGGAAGGGGGUGAAAAGAAUUGAAUACCGCCCUUAGUGAAAUGCAUUGGUAUGUAAUGAUUUUAAAGGCAUUUUGACUUAACAGAAGCUAGUGCUUUAGAUAUACCUGGCUUAAUAGCUUCCUUUGUUCCUGGAAAGUCAUAGUUUUAACCAUAUAUUUAAAGUUGUGCUAUCACCUACACACAAUAGGAGCAGUACCUUUGUUGCAUGACUAGUUAGCCUGUCAAUUCACUGGGAACUACAGUAGUGACAACAUACGAAGUUCCUCAUACCUCGGUGUUAUCCCUUAUUCCUAACAUGAUAAACUGUAAUCUCCUAAAUAGCACAUACAGUACAUUGGCUGCUUCCAUUAGAUGAAUGUGAUUGGACCACUUCCUUUCCAAUCAUUUCAACUACCUAUUUCUGAUUUGGAACAUGGGACUCCCAAGCUAUCCUUGAAAUUAUGAUUUUCAGUAUGGGAUUUGCAUUUGACAACAGCUAGUUAUCCACAUGAUUCUCAUGUGUAUGUCUUGCAAUGCUUGCUGUGAUUUGUAGUUCAGCAGCAUCUGCAGAGUAAGAUAUAGUUUACUCCUGACCUAAAGGAAGUAAAUUAGUAAAACAGAUUGUUAUCUCAUAAGGCUGGACUAAUUUUCUAUAAACUAUAUCGGCCAAUGAUUAUGUAUACAAGUUCAGAAAAUAACUCAAACAACAUUUCAAAAAUAAGCAAUGAGACAGUCUUAGUACUAUAAUUGGCUUUUUGACAUUUUCUUAAUAUAGGGACCAGGUUAUGUCUCGUAAGAUAUAUCUACACGCAUGUCAUGUAUUGAUACAUGUAUAUAAUUCUAAUGUUUGGGCACUAUGGAGGAGAUGUUUCAAACCUUGGAGAGAGAUAAAGUGUUACCAAUCAGCUGCUGUCAUGUUACAGGCUGUGUUUGAAAAAUGACAGGAGCUCAUUGGAUGGUACUUUAUUUAUCUUAAAGGUUUGAUACAUCUCCCCCUGUAUAUCUUUGAAACUAAAGAGGAAAGUAAGCUCACAUGUGGUUAGUCAAGUGUUAUUUUGUUUUUAUGUCACACAAAGCUUAAUUUUGAGAGUUAAGUUGAAAUUAUUUGUAAUACAGUAUGACACUUAGACUAGGCCCAAGUUUUGCAAAGGGCCUACUUGUUGCAGUUCAAAUGCCUCCAUUGACAUCCCUACCCAACAUUCCCUACUUCUUGGGGCCUUCUCUUGUUACAAAACUUUUUACCAAGGGAAUCAUUGACUACCAACUUUAUUCCCAUUCUCACUGCUGUAAAUACUGAAUACUAACGGAGAACUUUGCAUUCUGUCAAAAUACUUGUGUUCAAUAAAAGUUACAAAAAAUUGA